AUGACUCAACAUAAACACGAUAAGGAUAGAGACAAGGAUAAAAUUGUAAAAAGGAAAGGAGAAACGGGGAUUUACAGCAAGGUGAAGACCCAUGAUGGGCUAGGAAUGAGGAACGCCAACGACUCUCAAUUUGUCAGAGGAUCUCAAGGAUUACCAACGACUCUCAAGGAGACCGCAAACACAGGUCACAAGAAAACCUAG